CACACGCUCUUUCCCCCACGUCUGCGGCCUCCAGGCGUUGCCAAGAGCGGAGGCGGCACUGUGGGUUGCCCAGACAAGCCCCGAGUUGAGCAGCUGCUUCCUUCUUGCAAACUCAGGAAGAGUGAGUUUGCCAACUCCUCGCUGCCACCUGAAAAGCUGAUCCGGUUUCCCGCUUGGCGUCCACCCGUGGCCGAUACAGCAAGAGUUGACCUGAGUUAAGUUCCGGUGUAAGCGGGGGAACGGGACAUCCCUUCUCAAGCCUUUUUUCUGACCCGUUGACUUGCAAAGGAAGAGAGACGCAGAUGCUUCUCACCUGAAACUUAGUCCUGAUAUGGCUGGCUUGUUCAAGUGGCUCCCACGGAAGUCCAGGCAAAGUUCAAACUCUUCAAGGAGCUCUGCGGACAAUGCUUCUCCACCUUCGCCCUCUCCUCAUCAGGGGCAGGGCUCGAACUCUCUAGCCAGCAGUUCGGUGAAUAGCGCCAAACAGACAUCCUCCACCUUCCACGUGAACAUCAGCAGCUCCGACAGCGCACGCUGGAAGAAACUGUAUGACGUGUGCAUCUGCCACAGCGAGGGGGACCUCGAAUUUGUGGAGCAGAUGGUCUACUACUUGGAGAGCCAACCUGAGUGCUUCCGUUGCUUUCUUCAGUUGCGGGAUGCGGUCCCAGGGGGCGCCAUGGUUUCGGAACUGUGUGAGGCUGUCCAGAACAGCCAUUGCUGGGUGCUGUUCAUCACCUCCAGGUUCCUCAAGGAUCCUUGGUGUGUGUACCAAAUGCAUCAGGCCUUGAUGGAGGCGCCGAUGGCCAAUGGGCGCAUCAUCCCUGUGCUGAAGGACAUUGACCGCAGAGACUAUCCGAGGGAGCUCAAAUGCAUCUAUUACAUCAACGUUACGGUCCAGGAGAAAGGCUUUGGGCAGGUCAAAGAGACGGUGAUGCGCUAUCUGCGGGAACUAUGUAAAAAUGCAAGCAGAAGCGAUUAACUGGAACACGGACUAAACAUUGAGACUUUGGACUAUUGGGCAAAAGCACUUUUGAUACAAGCUAAAGCUGAAGGAUGCCUUUGCUCGCAUGGGAUACGUGAAGCAUGUCGUUCCUUCCCCCUGACCCAUCUCACCACUGAAGGGAAGACUUUGUGUUCUUUGGCAUUCCGCUAUCUGGAAGAGACAUGGGUGUGCACUAAAUGGCAUCUAAGCGGCCUGCUCUGUUGCGGGAACAUUCAUUGUUUAUAAACGGCAAUGGAAACAUGUUCUCGUAGCCCAUAUAUUUGAGACUUCCGAGGGCCCAACAAAGUCCUGGGGUUGAUGGUAAAAGUAUUAGGCGUACACUAAAUUCUGUUGUAUGUGAAGUGUGUGUGCUUUGAACUCACUGUGUGAGUUCCGAGAAGAAAGUUCCCUUUUUACCAGAGGCCAAACCAACGGGAACCC